ACGGAGCUGUGGAGUCUCCGUGGAUCUAGCCAGCUCAGCAAUAAUAGCUCAAGCAAGAUCUAGAUGUCUUGGAGAACCUUCAAGUUUUUCGAGCUUGAAGAGCUCAAAGAUCCUGAUACUAACCAGCCCUAUGACAAGCUCAAGGAGAUUGGAAUCACUUGCUCCAGCUGUGGCAGAGGGCAGAUGAUCUUGGGAGAUGCCCAAGGGGAGGUCCACAUCAUGACCAGUCUGAGGGACAUGACCUCCUUCAAUGCAUACCUCCUCCGAGUCAACUUCAUCUACCAGCUCAAGCAGAGAAACAUCUUCCUCACCGUGGGAGAUGACGAGGAGUUCAAGACUCUCAUAAAGAUCUGGAACUUUGAGAAGCGCACCAAAGAGGGCUUGCCCACCCUGAUGAGGACUAUCCGACCCAGCGUGCCCGGGAACCCUCAGACACUAACAGUGCUCUGUGUGACUGCCCAUGAGAACAUGAACCUGAUAGCCGUUGGUUUCAAAGAUGGUACGGUGCUCCUGAUCCGAGGGAACAUCACGAGGGACCGCCUCUCUCGCAUCAAGCCCGUGCAUCAUGAGAGUGAGCCAGGGAUCUAUAUCACAGGUCUUGGGUUCCGGCAGAUGGGCAAUAGGACGUUCCUGAUGAUCUCCACAACAGCUGCUGUGUACUCCAUGCUCAUCGGGGAUACAGAGCAGAAGCACCUCCUUGACUCCAUUGGUUGCCUGCACAAUUGCAGCACUAUGACAGACCACACCCAGGAGCAUAAGUUUGUCAUUGCUAGGAAUGAGGCCUUCCAUUUCUACACUACAGAGGCUAAGGCGCAGUGUCUAGCUUUUGAAGGUGAAAAAUUUCUGAUUCGCUGGUUUCGAGGCUAUCUGAUCUCAGUGUCCAAGGGUGGUCGAGGGGGCGGUGCUAGGGGUGGGUCUUUAGCCGCUGCCUCUGGUGGAUCGGGCGAGUCCAUGACCCUCACCAUCUAUGACAUCCAGAACCAGUUCCUGGCUUACCAGACAACAUUCUCCUCUCGUGUGAUAGAUGUGCUCAGUGAGUGGGGAUCACUCUACGUUAUUCUCAAGGACGGCAGUGUGAAACGCCUGGACGAGAAUGACACCAAAACAAAGCUAGAGACUCUGUUCAAGAAGAACCUGUAUCCCACCGCCAUUAGCCUCGCCAAGAGCCAGUCUUACAACGACGGGCUCAUCGACAUUUUCACUCAGUAUGGGGACCACUUGUACACUAAGGGUGACUUUGAUGGAGCCAUUGCCCAAUACAUUCUCACCAUUGGCAAGCUGGAGCCCUCCUAUGUUAUCAGGAAGUUUCUGGACGCUCAAAGAAUACACAAUCUUACAAAUUACCUCAAGGCACUCCAUGAGAAGGGUGCGGCCAAUGCUGACCACACCACCCUCCUUCUCAACUGCUACACCAAGCUCAAGGACAUUGACCAGUUAGACAAGUUUGUCUCGGAGGACCAGAACUUGACGUUUGAUGUGACCACGGCCAUCAAGGUGUGUCGCCAGGCUAACUAUCACCAACAGGCCAUCACUCUCGCCAGGAAGUACUCGAAACAUGACUGGUACCUACGUAUCCAGCUGGAGGAUCUCAGCAACAACACUGAGGGGAUGGCCUACAUUGCACAGUUGCCUUUUAAAGAGGCAGAGGAGAAUAUGCGUCGUUACGGCAAGAGGCUCAUGUCCUCAUUCCCGGACAAGACGACCCAACUUCUCACCUCUCUCUGCACGGACUGGAUACCUAUUGGCCACACCAAAAUAACUUCAAGAAGUCCUGAUAGAGCCGAUCCAGCCAACUACAUUGAGAUCUUUGUCAACAACAAGCAGCACCUCAUGCGGUUCCUGGAGCACAUGAUCAAGGUUCACGCCAAACUUCGAGAGGUGGUCUACAACACUCUGUUGGAGCUCUACCUCAACGAGAUUGGCACCUGUCGUACCGAGGAGGGGGUUGCCAAGGAGAUGAGAGCACUGGAGCUCCUCAAACGCCCCGAGGCCAGCUAUGACCUGGACCACGCCCUAGUGCUAGCGCAGAUGCACGACUUUAAGGACGGUAUCCUCUACCUCUACGAGAAGGCUCUCUUGUUCCAGCAGAUCCUGCAGUACCACAUGGAGCACAACGAUUAUGACCAGGUCAUGGACACUUGCAAGAGACACGGUCGGCAGGACCCCAACUUGUGGGUGCAGGCUCUCUCCUACUUUGCCUCAGUGGAGAAGUGUAAGGACUUUAUAGCCGAGGUGUUGCAUCACAUCGAGGCCAACCACCUCAUGCCCCCCCUCAUGGUCGUACAGACUCUGGCCGACAGUCAGUACGCAACCCUCAAUGAUAUCAAGCCAUAUAUCUUGAAGCACCUUCAAGAAGUCAACGAUCAGAUUGCCAAGGACGAGCAGCUGGUCAAACAGUAUCGAGACGACACUACUAAAAUGAGGGAUCAGAUCAAAGAGCUGCAAACAAGUGCGAAGAUCUUCCAAGUGAUGAAGUGUCACUACUGUCGUCGAGGACUUGCUCUCCCUGCACUACACUUCCUCUGUGGCCACUCGUUCCAUCAGGGUUGCCUUGACGAUGAGUUUGACAAUGAGUGUCCGACGUGUGCCCGUGAGAACAGGAAGGUACUGGACGUGAUCCAACGACAGGAGCAGACGGGGAACCUUCAUGAGCAGUUCCACUCUCAGCUCUCUCGUUCUACUGAUGGAUUCACCGUGGUGGCAGACUACUUUGGCAGGGGAGUGUUCAACAAGACAAAGCCAGCAGAGGGAGGAAGCAAGCGACCAUCUCUUAUUUGAACUCAGAACGUUAUGUAGGAGUGAAACAUUAGAACUAUAUAACUUUGUGUGUGUGUGUGUGUGUAGUCCUGAGUAAAGGGAGACAAUUUGUGUGUGUGCUGCACUUUUGAUUGCUGUCAAUGUGGUAAAGUUUAUCUAUCCGUUUUG